AACAUUGAAUUCAAAUGGAACUGUCAGUCGAUGUCAACCAAGUGAACAAAAUAUUUGAAUUUCUUUACAGUGCGACUUGGGUUUGGUUUGGGUUUAUUUAUUUCUACAAGAAGAAGAAGUUACGAAUCGAAGAAGAAUAUGGAUGAAAAAUCUUCGCUCUUAGAGCCUUCUUUAGAAAAGCAGCUCAAAGGCCAUCGUAAUGGUAUAACGGCAUUGUUUUAUAGUCCUAACGAACAUCAAAUUGCUUCCAGUUCUUUAGAUAACAGUGUUUUACUAUGGGAUCUUCGAGGAACAAUGAGAAGUUAUAGAUUUCAAGGCCAUGAGGAAGCUGUUAUGGAUGUUACAUUUUCGCCAACAGGAAGUUAUAUGGCAUCUGCUUCCAGAGAUAAAACUGUUAGAAUAUGGGUGCCAACUGUAACUGGUAGUACAGGCAUGUUCAAAGCUCACUCACAGACUGUGCGGUCUGUCCAGUUUAGUCCAGAUGGCUCUAAAAUAAUUACAGCUUCAGAUGAUAAAAUUGUGAAGCUGUGGGCAAGUGACAAGCACAAAUUCAUAGCUUCAUUUAAGGGGCACACAAACUGGGUUCGUAGUGCCCGCAUGUCUUGUGAUGGAUCACUCAUAGCAUCCUGUUCAGAUGACAAGACCACUAACUUGUGGAAUCCAAGCUCCGGAGAGUGUAUUCAUACUUACAAAGAACAGAAAGGUCAUGGUUUGUGCGUGGCUUGGCAUCCCUCUGGAUGCUAUAUUGCUUUAGGCACAUCUAAUGGCAAUGUCAAACUCUAUGACACUAGAACGCAUACUCUUGUACAAUAUUACAGUAUACACAAUGAGGCAGUAACACACUUGUCUUUUCAUCCCAGUGGGAGUUACAUUCUGACUGCUAGCAAAGAUGGAAAAAUGAAGAUAUUGGACUUAUUGGAAGGGCAUCCACUUUUUACUCUGAGUGGACACAGUGGUGCUGUAAACGCAGUUACGUUCUCACCAAGUGGUGAUGCUUUUGCUUCAGCCGGUGAAGAUAAACUUAUUUUCAUGUGGAAAACUAACUUCACAGAGCUCAGUGAUGCUAAAGAGAAUGUUCCACAUAAUCCUUCCUCAGUGUCCAGAUCUGUUUCACAAACUUCUAAGAUGACAUGUGCUGCCAAGGGACGAAAUCAGGAUGUAAGAGCCUGGUAUCUAUGCUAUCACAGCAUGAUAUAUCCUGUGACAACAUACAUCUCCCAUGACUACUUUGAUGAUAGAGUUGAUCUGGGAAGUUUUCAAGAACCAAGUGCUAAUAGUACUAUGAUUAGCAGCUCUAGUAAAUCAUCACAGAGAGGAGUUCACUUGUCACCUUCACCACAUGGGACAGUUCAAUCCAAUAAGUCAUCUAGGCUUAACUUAUCUUCUAUUUCUGAACAAGAAAAUGAACAGAAUUCAUACAGUGUGGGCCAUAUUAGCCACAUCCCUCGACCCACACCAAGCCGUACAACAUACACUAUACCCUCAAUAGUAAACAAUUCUAUUGGUGUUACAACUACUGAUGAAACUGGAGGAUCAAUACACAAAGAGGGGGAUUUAUUUGGAAUGAUAAAGUUGAAAGAAAAUGAUGUUUGUUACACUAGUGGUACAAUUGAAUGGGUUGGGAAGAAGAGGAGUUUCCCCAUUAACAGCGGAUUUAAGAUAAUUAAUGAUACUCAAUCCAAUGAGCCAUUUGUAAAAAGGCACAAGAAUAUGAAUAAAACAUACACAUGUGGAUUAGAUAAUACUAAAGAAUGUGAUUGUGCUGAUGUGUUACCCACAGUGAAUGCUAUCGUAGAUCACUUGAAUGCAUUGCAUGAAGCAGUUGACCUUGUUGACUUGAGAAUCAAUACACUUGAGGAUGUAAUGAGUAAUGAUAAAACAAUUCAUUAA